GGCUCCACGGCUCACAGCUGCCUCUUCUCUCUCUGCUUGUGCCCCACCUCAGCAGGGAGACAGGCAGCCCAGACACAAAGUGGCCCAGGGAAGAGGGGGAAUAUCCCUGGGAUUGAGAAUUCCCGGGAUAAAUGGGCCUGCAGAACGGCAAGCCCUCACGGAAGGGGGCCAACAUCCCGAUGCUGGGGCUGGACUCGGCGGGGAAAUCCACGCUGCUCUACAAGCUCAGGUACAAGGAUGCUUUUGUAACAAUGCCAACCAUUGGCUUCAACGUGGAUAUGAUUGAAGCAGGGAAGGAUUUCACACUGACCUUUUGGGAUGUUGGAGGGCAGAAGAAAAUGAGGGAGCUCUGGGGCAAUUUCCUGGAGGACGCGGGCGGGCUGCUGUACGUGGUGGACAGCGCUGACAAGCGGCGCCUGGAGGAGUCCAGGAGGGAAUUUGAGCUCAUUUUAAAGAACGAAUCCAUAAAAAACCUCCCGGUGGUGGUGCUGGCCAACAAGCAGGACCUGCCUGGAGCCCUGAACGCCGAGGAGAUCACCAGGAAGCUGAAGAUGAAGAAGUACUGCAGUGACAGGAACUGGUACGUGCAGCCCUGCUGUGCCCUCACGGGAGAGGGGCUGCCAGAGGCCCUCCAGAGGGUGGCCUCGUUUGCCAGGCAGUACAAGAAGCCAAAGGAGACUUUCAUCACCAUGAAGGAACUCAAUUCCUUUUAAGGAUUUCUACCAUCCACUUCUGGUGACUCUUAACGUACUGUAUUGGACAGAUUAAAUCUGGAUGUGCUGGACUCUGAAGAACUUUUAUACAUAAAUAUUUAUAAGGGACUUUGACAAUAUUAAAUUCUACUGUUAUACCUGCAGAUACUUGAUGUACCUGAUGGGAUAUCUCAUACCUGAGAUAGGACCUCGUAGCAUUUUAUUAUUAUUUUUUUAUUUACUUGGGGUUAUUCAGGUUGAAUGAUGAGAAAGGGGCAGUCGAGCACAUGGAAAUAAAAUAGGUGAGCAGUA